UUGGUUAGUGGUUUAGUUUUUAUUUUAAUUUUCUACAUUUUAUUUUCUUCUCUUUUUCUCUACUAAUUUGUUUAUUUAGUCCUUGUAUUUCAUAUUUUUGCUUGUCAAUUUUUUUUCAUACUAACUUAGUCUAAGUUAAUUUAGGGUAGUAUAAAAAAAUAAAAAAUAAAAAAUAAAAAAAAAUUCUAGUGGUGGGAUGACAUUGAGGUUUUGAGUGAUUCGUGCAUGCAUGCGAUAUUUGAUAAGUAUUGAUAUAAUAGUUCCACGUUUUUGUUUGUGUUGGUUGUAUUAUUUUGUUCAAAUAUGUCUCAUCCCGCCGAGCACCCAAACGGCCUUGCAAUGCCAACAUAGUAGCUCGGGAUGUGCCAACUGACAUUUGGGCCAAUAAAGAAAUUGCCUCAAACACACCAUUUGAUGUGGACUUCUUUCAGCGCCACCAACCCAUUGCGUGAAGUGUCCGACAACUUGAAAACCGAGGCCUACUGGGCAUCUGAACUGUCACUGAACUGGCGUAUCCUCACAUUGUGCGAGUCUUUUAUCAGAACAUGAAUAUCAAUGACGAGGCCUCGGGAGCUCUUAUGUUCGUUGUUGAUGGAGUGAAGUUAGUGAUCACACCAGCUUUCAUUGCCGAGGUUCUCCAUUGUUCCAUGGACACUACCAAUGUAGAGCAGUUCCCUGUGUUUACUCAAGAACUCACAGUCCCAGCACUAGUGAUUGAAUUUUAUGAGGGGCGACAGGAUGAUGACAACCGCACUAGUAUCUGUCGAGCUAACUUACCGCGCUGCCUCAUCUUCCUUGAUGUGGUUAUAAAAAAGAAUGUCAUCCCUUUAGGCUACAAGGAAAAACGGAGAGGAGACUUCCUCCGUGCCUUGCAUCGAUUUGACUUUGGGUUUUUGGUUGAUAUCUCUAUUUUGAUCUUCAACCAGAUGACCCGUAUCCUUAAUGAAGUCAAGUUGCGCAACACCCGAGGCGGUUCUACAUGGGCCCUCCCUUUUGCCAACCUCAUUGCUGCACUCAUAAAAGGCCAAAAGACAUACCCACUCGAACCCACUGAGGUUCAGCUUCCGCCGCCAACGCUUUAUGGUAAAACCCAAUGGCGCCUAAUCACUGCUCUCCUGCCGCCUCCACUACUCAUCCCCGAUGCCCCGACCAAUCCUAAUAAUGUUCUAGUAGAGCCCGCUGCCGCGCCAGCACCACCGUUAUUUCGUAUUACACGAGCACAAUAUCAAGCUCUUUUGGAUAAUCAAGCUGCUAUUUAGCAAUUUGUGGUUGAUCUUUGGGCAGACUAUCAGGCAUAUUGGGAUUGCUCACAAACGGUGCUUGAUGGGUAUCAGUAGUCAGUUGCAUCUCUACAAACUGACUUUUACACAUACCAAGAGUCGAGCCAGGAGCGGUUUGAUCAGCUUGGCACUAGGGUUCAUGAUGAGGCAUUCGAGACUCGGACGUUGAUGCAUGCCUUAUUUGAGCAGCAUUUUCCACCACCGCUGGAUCCAAAUCAGUGAUAUGCAUUCUAGUUUCUUUGUUUCAUUUCUUCAUUUCUUUUUUAUUUUGUUUUAUUUUAUUUUUCUUUUCUUUUUAUACUGUACAUUCAAAAAAAAAAUGUGUGUGUGUGUGUGUGAGUGUGUGUGUGUGUUUGGUUCGUCCCUGCCUCGCUGGAUGUGCGCCUACACCGUUUGGUAAGAUCCUUUCUCUCUCAUUUUACUAUCUACUUUACAGUUGCUUACAUUGAGGACAAUGUUGUAUUCCAAUUAGGGGGUGAGGGUAUUUACAAAAACAAUUAAUGUUUGUACUUGCUGUAAUUGAUUGCUCCACUUCACUUGAUGUUCACUUUGUGCCAGUAUAGUAGUGAUAUAAACAUAUGUUAACUGGGGAACAUAGUGGAUUUGCAUGAAAAGAGUUUAUUGGGUAAAUACUCGCAUGUGAUGUUUGCACUAAGAGAGUUGUUUGUGGUAUUAGUACACUUGUCACGAUUAUGUCUUGAUUCACAUGAACACACUUUUAUAGCUAUGAGCUCUCUAUUCUAAUCCCUGGUAUACAUCAUUGAUAAUUGCUAGUGUUGCAAAAAAGAAUAAAUGAAUAGCCUCGAUUCUCACAAAAAAAUUAU